CUGUACUUGUAAUUCUUUGAGCACCUGGAUAAUAAAAACCCUAGUUGCAAAGUGGAUUAGGUCAGCCGACCGAACCACUAUAAAUCUUGUGUUCCGUUUUCUCCGUUUUGAUUUCUGUUUUGUGUGUGUUCUUGUUUGGUUGUGGAAAAUUUUUACCUGCUUUAAGACUUGGGCUUAAACCACAUUUGUAAGGCGCUCUCUCCUGCCGCGCUAAGUGAAUGGCCCACCUUAAUUAUGCCGGGCCCAAUUCACCUUAGCCCAAUGAUGAAACGGCGCAACCCUAGCUUUCCUCGGGAAUCCGCAACUAUUUCCCAAUCGGAUAAGCACUUUGACUCCAUGUCCCUUGCACUCCCUUUUGACGUCGCUCGCCUAUUUAAGAAACUAGGCAGAACACUUUCAUUAUCACAACCACUUCUCAACAUGGCUAAUAAUGCCAACAGAGUUGUCUUCAUUGACCUGACUAUCUCUGAUUCUUCUUCUGAUUCCUCCUCCGUGGCAUUUCCCUCGUUUGGAGCCCCAACACCUGAAUUCCCUUCUGGGCCUUCCUCCGCUUCCGAACAAUCGGUGACUUCUCCCCUGUCCCCGGGGGAGAACCCUCCCCGUCUCCCCCAGCGAACAUCAUGGGGAAUUCUCCCGAGUUCUGGCGUGCUUCAUGACGGUACCAGCACGGGAGCCUCCUCUGGCCGCCCCGGUACAUCCCGCUCCCAGAAGAGACGCAAUCCUCACUCAGAAGCUACCCGGUUGGUCUCCGGUGCGAGGCCUUCCUCCCAAGGUUCUCCCUCUCCUCAGCAGUCAUAUGGACAGAGCCCUGAGGAGUGGGGGGAUUAUGACAUGGGGGAAAUAGGCGUCUGUCUACUCGGAGGGAAAAGGACGGAACCUUCCAGGGUCUGCCUCCCCCUUUGGCGUAGGCGGAAUGAUGUCGUAACUCCUUUUCUUUUGAAGGAUGCAUCAGGAGGAUGAUGGGCUCUCUCCACACCUUCCCGCUCCGGCGUUCUUUCUGGUCCAGGCGGGGCAGCAAGAGUCAGCGGAUUCGUUCCCCUUGCCACACUGUUCCUCCUGGAUCCUUGAAGUGCCGUUUCACCUUCAUAUUUUUUCAGUAGUAGGAUAGAAGUAGAUCAGGGACAAAAUUCAUUGUUGUAACCCAAAAAAAUGUAAUUUUCUAUUUGAGUUACUUAAUGAAAACUUUUAUCUCCC